AUGAAGACUUCGGCCCUCAUCUCAGCUUUAUUCGCUUCCAGUGCUCUGGCAGCCAUCGGAAGCUACUGUCAUGACAGCAAGGGAAACUACGGAACCUGCCAGAAGACCUCCAAGUGCAGCUCUCUCAAUGGCUACACCAAGACCAACCUCUGCCCCAAUGACCCGGCCGAUGUGAAGUGUUGCUUCUACCCGGACUGCAACAGCAAUGGAUACUGCCAGAAGGAUACUCUUUCCUGCAGCGGCACAUACUCUACGUAA